CGGAAUUGCACACUUUGAUCAGCACAGCAAGAGGAGAGAAGUUCAAAGAUGGAAGGUACGGAGGUGGUGAGCUUGUUGGAGUGGGCGCAGAGGGAGGGCAUCGAGAGAGAACAGGAGGACAAGGACAAUGGCACUGGGAGGCGAGGUGGUGUUGCUGCGCAGGCAAAGAACACGUGGUUGGACAUGGUCGCUGCUUGCUUUGCUGCAAAAGGCACACCUCGAGCAUACUUUCAGCAGCACCUUGAGGCUGAUCCCAGCUUCAAUCUGAACCACAUUCUCGUGGCAACGGACAAGAGAGGCGAGAUGUUGAGCACGUGCCGGGUGUUUGUGAGGGACAUGCUUGUGAACGGCAUCGGCAUCCCCUUGGGUGGCCUUGGCGAAGUGUGCACACACCCAGAAUACAGGGGCCAUGGCUUAUCCACACAAGUAAUCCGGCACUCUGUCGAACACAUGAGAAGGCUGGGCAUCGCCGUUUCUGCCCUUCAUACGAGCCAGCCACACCUCCGCCGCUUCUACGCAAAGCAUGGCUUUGUCUCUGCGAGUUUGUCCUUCACACACUUCCAGCUUCAAGGCAAGCCAAAUGAGGCCGGCUCCAUGCAGCAGCAGCAGCAGCAGCAGCAGCAGCAGCAGCAGCAGCAGCAGCAGCGAAAAGGGGCUGGGAACGAAGACAACAAAGCAGACGAGGAGGAUGAGGAGGACGAGGAGGAGGCAUACAACUUUGAUAAUUUUCGGCACUAA